AAAACACACCCUUUCCGGUCUGAAACACAACAGCGAAACACGACGUAAACAAACCGGACAGGCGUUGUAUUGUGGCAGUUGUUGACGAUUAGUAACGGGGCUCGGGUGGUCCGUUAACCCGGGUUGGUUCGGUUUAGGUGGAGGAGUAACGGUUAGCAUGGUGAAGUGUGUCGUCUCUGGGUGUCCCAACCGCUCCGUGAACGCGAACCGGGGGAUUUUCAACCGACCACCGAAGAGGUUCUUUAUCUUCCCCAAAGACACCGCGCGGGUCAAGGUAUGGCUGGCGGCGCUGAGGGAGACGGAGAAGCAGGACUCGACAGAGCAGCAUUUAAUCUGUGAAGACCACUUCCUGCCCGAGGACAUCUCCCCCAACGGGGUCAAAAGUGACGCCAUCCCCAUCAUGCCCCCCUGCCUGGACGGGCCCCUGGGCGUGAUUAGCCCCUGGGGAGCCGAGUCGUCUGAGGAAGAGGAUCAGUGGGGCCCCGGUGGUGGCUGUGAUGAUGAGGAGGAUGAAGACGACGGUCCUGCUCAUGUGGAUCCUCCGGCACCAGAACCUCACGCAGUGGAACCAGCGCAGCAGGUCAGAGACUUCUUGAGCUGUGAAGAGGAAUCAAUCAGUCGUCAAAUGUUUGAAAAUAGAUUCUUUGAUUCCAGCUUCAUAAAUGAUCCAGGUGCUCAGAACACGUCAGGGUCCAAGACGACCGGCGUCGGCCUGCAUCAGAGGAAAGAGAGGAAUCAGGCCAAGAGAUACACGAGACAAGAUGUUUCCCUCGGGAUGCUGACGCAGCGUUUCCUGGAGCUGUUGCUGGCGGCUCCGGACGGCUCGGUGGACCUGCGGCAGGUGACCACGAGCCUGCAGACCCGCCGGCGACGAGUCUACGACAUCACCAACGUGCUGGAAGGAAUCAGCCUCAUCGAGAAGCAGUCGGCCAACAAGUUCAGGUGGAUAGGCAGCAGCUCCAUCUUCAGCUUCCUGUGGAAGAACCAGCAGAAGUUCCAGAGAGAGUUGGACAACCUGAAGAUGGUGGAGGACACGCUGGACACGCUCAUCAAGAGCUGCGCUCAGCAGCUGUUCGACAUGACGGACGACACGGACAACGCUGCGUCUGCCUACGUGACCCACGAGGACGUCGUGCGGCUCAGAACCUUCCAGGAGCAGACGGUGCUCGUCGUCAAAGCUCCGGAGGAAACCAAACUGGAGGUUCCUGCACCCACAGAGGACAACAUUCAGGUCCAUCUGACGGGGGGGAAGGGUCCCAUCAUGGUGCUGACCUGUGAUGUUGGGGCUGGAGACGCGUCUGCAGAGGAGAGCAGCUGCUUCUUAACGCUGGAGGAAAGCCGGAUAGAGACGGCGGCGCUGCACACAGAAUCCUCGAGUCCACAGAGCGCUGUGCAGAGCGCAUAGCCUGCAGCGGACCACCAGGGGGCGCCAGCUGCCCGCACAGACACCAGAACAUCGUCUGCAGGUACCUGAAGGGUCGGAGUGAAACACCGUUCAUGCUGGAAACUCAGAGAUCACAACCGGCCGAGCUCACAUGUGGUACAAUAUUUAAAUACUCGACUGAAACAUACAAAAAAAAUCAUAAAAUCCAAACUGAUCCGACGCAAAACAAAGACGUUUCCACACGGAAGUCACUACUUAAAGUUUCAUUUGCAACGCAGCAAAGAUUUUCUUUUUUAAUUCAACCCUUCAUGAUGUUGGCCUCGUUCAGAAGAAGGAAAUCAUGUUCUGGAGGAAGAGGAGGAGGAGGAGGAGGAGGAGGACGACGACAGUUCGACCGGGACGUUUGCGGCUAUAUUGCGGAGAGGAGUGAAUGAGCUCAUCUGCAGACGCACAGCUGCCUGAUGCAGAUGCUUUGUUUUAUACGUUUCCAUCAUGUCCUACAGGACGUUUGCUGUUUAAUAUUUGACUUUAUCUGUUACAUGUUUGUCUUUGAAUUUUAUUUGUGUUUCAUCUUGAUUUGAACUUUCUAAUGUAGAAAAACACCUCAAAGAUUCAAUAAAGAAAAACGACUCAUGAAA